UCACCGUCGUCGUCGUUCGUUUCCACCACUCGAUAUUCGAGGGAUGAUGAUUUUUUUUACGCUACCGCGGCCGACUUCGUCGUCGAGAAUCAUUCGACGGCGAGUCGGCCGGUCAGCUUUCCGGGUAUCCUGGAGGACGAUGGGUUCUUUGCCGGUUUCGCUUUGCCCUCGCAGCAACAACCGAGUGCCCCGCGGACGUCCCAGACGCGAGAGCACCGCACGUUGCGGCUCCGCCUGCCUACCUCUGCCUUGCCUCUGCCUCUGCCUUCCUUCCUCUGCCUCUGGUUGUGGCUCUGGCCAGUCAGCCAGUCAGCCAGGCAAGCAGGCAGGGAGCCGGGCUGUCCGCUUCAGUCUAUCGGGCGGCCUCGUGCGCGCUGGCUUACUAAUAAAUUGCUUAUAUACACGACGAUUUUCACGCCUCAAAUCCGUGAGGACUUCGACGUUCGCGCCGGUCUGUAAUUCGUUCAUUGACGUGCGAGGCGUAAAGUUUAUUUAUUCAACUUGGGCUGAAACGCGUAAAGAAAGAGGCGACCACGAAAUAGAGGAGAAAAAAACAAACGAAAAACAUUAACGAAUAAAUAAAAUCAAACGAAAAUAUAUAUGAAUACGAUUGUCCGAUGAACUGUAAAUGAAGAGAGAGAGAGCAGUAUUUUCCACCCCCCCCUUUCACCUCCGCUCAAUUUAUUCUUUUCCUCAAUUUCUAAUUGAUCCCGCAGUACGGUAGUUUUAUACGUAUAUACACGCGUAUGAAUCGGAGGCGAACGAAGUUAUAAUUUUGCAAGGGUUGUUUUAUUUUUGAAAACGAGGUGGUUUUCCCGUACGGCGUCGUUUCGUACUUCCCGCCCCCUUCGAACAUCCCCCUCUCCGAGCGUUCGCUACUCCCGCGCAUCGGAACGACACGCGGUACGCUUUAAGAGACCCGGAGAACAUCGCGACUCCGACAUCGGGCGCCCCUGACUGGUAAAGUUGCCACGGUUCGAGGUGUCUCAAAUCCGUGCAUUGGGACGGGAAUUUGAGAGGAGAAAAAUUUUCGUCUCUCCGUUCUGAAAAUAAUCGCAGCUGAUCGAUUCCGACCUGAAAGUUGAAAGAAGAAGCGAAAGAGAAGGAAAUAAUGAAAAAUGAAAACGCGGAGAACGGAAGAUACCCAGGGAGCGAAGGACGAGGAAUUUCCGCUGAUCGAGAUGGAGAAUUUUGAAUUUUGAACGCGACUCUGACAAUUUAUCAUUACCAAAGACCAACUUUAAAAACAACAAAAGUGUUAUACGCAACAACUGAUUUUGUACAGCGAACAUUUAAUUGCACAGUGAAGAAAAUUAUAAGAAUUUUUCCUCUGUAUUAUCAAUAUAAAUAUCGAAUUGUGACAAGUAAAAUAAUUAAUUAAUUAAUAUUAUUGUUAUACAUGCGCUAAUAAUACAACAAUUAUAAAGAGAGUAUAACCGAAAGUGUAUUAUUGAAAUAAAAAGUAAAUAAAUAAUUUUAGUUUAAAUUAUCUAGACGUAUGCUGUAAUAAAUCUCUUCGCAAACAUAUACCAAAAAUUUUAUGAACAAUAAUAACGAAUUAGCAAAGAAAAUAAAUUGAAAUUUUAAUCGGUGUUGUGAAUAUUAUGAACUUAUUGCAAUAAAAUUUAUUUUUCCCAAUAGCUUUCGUGUCUGAAAAUAAUAUAUUAUAUACCUAUAUAUAUAUAUAUACAUAUCCGUUUACGGUCAAUGAAAUUAAGUCGAAAAAGUAAAAAUAAUAAAAAUCGUCGAUAACAAGAAUAAGAAAAAUGAAAAAAUGAAACAAUCGCGAGUAUGAGAGUAAAAAAAAACCGUUAAGGUGUAAAAAUAUAAAUACGCGUUCGCGAAUGAUAUAUCAAAGAGGAGAAACUUUUAUUGCGGAGAGAGAUAAAAAUAGUAACAAUAAAAACAGGAGCCACCGUAUGCGUACAAUUCCUAUGUAAUAAAUACGCAUUACAUGCGCAUGUAAAGGAGAUAAGAAGAAGAAGAAGAAUAAGAAGAAGAGGAGAAAAAAAACGAAAGCGACAUAUGAUUAAAAAUAAAGAAUUAAAGAUAGAAGGGAAGAAGAAAUAAUAAUAAUAAAUUAUAAGAAAAGAGAGAAAAAGAAAAACGUCUCGAGAUGUUUCGCGCGCCGCGAAUGCCGCGUACCUAUCGGUGCUUACUGCAUUUCUGACAAACUUUGUACCGCGCUGCAGCUGCUGCACCACCGUAGCGUAAAGUGUAAAGCGACUAAACACUAAAGAAUAUAAAGGGCAGAUGAGAUGUGAUAAACACGGACGACGAAACCCCGUUGUCGAAAGUAAAAGGAUAUUCGGAAAUCACGUCGAGCGAGCGCAGGCCGAGGGUGCGGAAUCUGAAGGACUAAAUUUAUUCCCGGGGGCGGAGGUCCCGUCGGGUUCCUACCGGAGGCGCGGGGCGCCUGAAAUGACGGCUCUGCGACGGGGUAGCUCAACACCCCGAUACAACCUCACCAUUCUGCUCACCGCCGCACUUGUCGCCGCCGUUUUACAGGCUCACUCCGCAACAGGGGGCAUCUGUUGGUCUUCGAUAAGGAACGGUCGAUGUACGGAAUUAUUAGCUCAGGGAAUAUCUCGGCAGGAUUGCUGCGCAUCGAAUACGGCGGCGGCUACGGCGUUCUCCGAAGAAGAUCUGGACAGCGGGACUCUCUUCUUCUGGAAAGUUUUGGGGGGCGGAGUGCCCUGCAGACCUUGUCGAGAAACCUGCGCGGAAGUCCGUUGCGAGGAGGGUAAAAAAUGCGUGGUACGUCGGGGCCGACCGAGAUGCGUCUGCAAUCCGGAAUGCAAAGCUCCGAGGGGCGGCGGCGGUCCAGUUUGCGGUACGGACGGACGGAGUUACCGCAGUUUGUGCAGGCUUAAGAAAAGAGCUUGCAAAAAGGGCAGCCACGAUCUCGCCGUCGCUUACAACGGCCAUUGUCAAAGUUCGUGCACGGGGGUGCGUUGCGGCCAGGGUCGAAGCUGUCUUCUAGAUCAGAACCUGAGUCCCCACUGCGUCAAGUGCGCCCGAAGGUGUCCGCAGUCGGUUCAGGGUCAUCACGGUCUUCCGGGGAUACAGGAGGCUCUACAAGUCACCGGAAAUCGCCCGGUUUGCGGCUCCGACGGAAACACCUACAAAAGCGCGUGCCACCUCCGACUCGCAGCUUGCAGAAGCGGCAAGGCCAUUCCCGUCGCUUAUAAGGGGAGAUGCAAACAGGCUGCGGACUGCUCGAGCAUUCGUUGCCGUGAGGGUCAGACGUGUCUGACGGAAAUGGGAUCCGGAAGACCGAGAUGCGUGACCUGCAGUUAUCGGUGUCCCAGAAGACGUGACCGAAACUCGUCGUCUUCGUCUUCGUCUUCGUCUUCGGCGCCUCAGUAUUGCGCCUCGAACAAUAUAACCUACCCGAGUUGGUGCCACAUAGUCAAAGACGCUUGCGUCACCGGAUUCGUACUGGAGACGCUCCAUCCAGGACCCUGCAACGCCUUCGAUGCCGCAGUCUACAUGGUAACAGUACGUCGUUAGCGUACGACGUGGACCUUGCCGAAGAGAUGCAUCAUCAUCAUCAAUCGGGUGGAGGAAGGGCGAAGGAAACCGCGGAAGCAUCACGUCGAGGAAAGCGACUUCUGUGACGACAUUAAAUAGCUAGCUUCAGGGUCGGCCGUCGAGAUAACUAGAGGGUUUGACAUUUUUUUGCUAUUAAUCUAUACUUGGCGCAUUAACAGCUGCACGAUGCUGGACACGAAAAUGAAAUAAUAAAAAUCGUCCUACAGCACGUACGACGACCAUAUAAAAUCAAUAAUGUCCGACUAAUGUCGCUGAAUAAUUGUCCGAGCUGCGUUCACCCUCGCGGCGAUUAAGUUUGCCUCCCGUGAAAAGAAGAAAAACAGUAAAAGGAAAAGAAAAAAAAAAAAAAA